UCUUUAGGACCCUUCAUUUGCGAAACCUGAGCCAUGAGAUUAGUAUUAAUUUUACUUGCAAUUUCUCUUCAAAAACGAAUCCAUUGCCAUGAUUCCGAAAGCGCCGAGGUAAAUCGUAUAGAAAUAACACCUUUCUAUGACACAAUUAUAUUCAACGACGUGAUAGACAUAAUCAACGAACUGAACAGAAAUUCUCCAUUCAAUGCAUUUACAAACAGCGACAGUGAAAGCGACGAAAACGUUGAAGAUUUACUGUCAGAUUACCAACGGUAUUUGGACAAGGCGCAUGAACAAAGACGAAUUUAUCUAGAAAAGUCAAAUAAAACUAAAAACAAAGUGCCGACUUUACGACAUGAUACUUUUGUCAAGGCAAAUUUACCUUCGGCGUUCGAAAAAUAUAAUAGUUAUUACAGCCCCAACCAAUUUUAUAACUCAGGCAUGUUCAAAUAUCCACCUACAGGGUUCAGUAAUCCAUUAGAUUUAUUUGUUCCAAUAAAUCCACCACUAUCAUAUUUCAAGGCACCUGAUGAUGACUCAGUGAAUUCCAGAAAACUUCUCGAUGGUGAAUCGCCAAAUUCAGAUAAACUACUUGGUGACAAAAAAACAAUUAUUUUGCCACCUCUAUUCAAAAGUUCUGUUAAACAUGAUUUUACUAAAUCACCUUGCAUGUGUACAUCUUCAACAAUACCGUGCAAAUGUAACUGUAAACAAUGUUUUGUACUACUUGAUUCGCUGAAUACGGUUAAAAAUGGUCCGCAAAGUCCAGAAUUGACUAGAAAAGUAUUUUCCCAAAAUUCUUUAUCUGUUGAUCCUAAAAUUCAAGAGCAUUUAUUAGAGGACAUGAGUGAAAAUCCGAAUACCAUAAAUGUUAAAAUUAAGGUUGAUGUACAGUUACCGAAAAUGCUAAACAUCGGAAAACAAUUUAAUCGCGACAGUGCUACAGAGUAUGAAGAUAAUUCAAAAGAGCUAACGUCGAACAUAAGAAUACCCACGACAUCAUUUAACUUUCCAGUUCCUCUUGAUAUGUUUGGUUACAGAAGACUUCCAAAAAUAAGUAAACACGAUUCAGCACCUUUCCGAAAAAUUACAAUUCAUAAGAGAAAGAAGUCACGUCCAAAUAGCAAUAGCAAUAAGAAGCACCGUAAGAAACUCAUAGCUUUCCAUAAUGUUAAAAUGUCUCCAGCUCAAACAUUGAAGCCAAGCCAAGCCAUAAACGUGCACCAUAAUGCCAGCAUCAAAAGUCUAAAAAGUGAGAAUUUAAACGAAACCAUUCAAAUAAAUGCACCAGCAACAAUGACUUUAAAACCAGAGAUAGCCAAUACCACGACAACAAACCCAGAUUUGAAAAAUAGCACACAGUUUGAAGAAAGUAUAUACUUUAUGGUUAAUAUAUCCCAUAACAAUGAAAAUGACACUGAUGAGGUUCGUAGAACUGGAAAUAGUAUUGAGCUUGACCCUAAAACAAAACCAAAUAUAAGUACUCCAUCUAUUUUUCGUAAAAAACGUGACAUACAUGUAGAAAAUAAUAACCAAACCAGUUCACAGAAUAAUACUAAAGAAUCGAAUGAAAAUCUAAAUGUAAUGCCUAAAGACACAAAAUUUGAUAGUAAAGCGAAAAAGGCUCCCGAAAAAGGAUUUUCAGAAGAGGAAUUACUAUAUUGGCCAAUCACUACGAAGAACAAAGUUUCCUUUGUCAAACCCUCGAAUAUAACCGACAUAAUACUACAAAGGGAGCAUAAAAAAACCAAACUCAAUAUCACUAAGGAGACGAUUCGAAAUAAUCGGACGAAAGCUCUAGAACAAGCUAUAUUUGGACAAGUUGACUGGGAUGACAUGGAUGCGGUAGCACCCACCUUUUUAUCUUUUGUUGGAAAAUAUAUCAAUGGAAUUGUUACGUUUUGCUCACAAAAAAUAUGUCAUUCUAUGAAAUGUGCUGAAAAGACUUGCAUUCAUAGAGUCUGUAAACCAGAGGACAGAUUUAAUCAUAUAGGACACUGUUCUGGAUCUAACAAAACUGAUAGCGUAGCUUCAAUGGAAUCCAUAAUGGAUUUACCUUCAAACGUCGUAUUCGAAAUUGUAGAUAUGUUGCAAGAUAAGAUGCUAGGGAAAAUACAUGGUAAAGUAACUCUAUGCAUCAAUUUGAAAUGUAUUACUUUUGCAGCGUCAAAGAAAAUUUUCAUCAAGUCUAAAUGUGUCGUUAAAAGCUUGAAUAAAAUGGGGCAUUGCCCCAAUAUGAAGAAAUCUUAAAAUUAGGCUUAUCACUAGUUUAGAAAAUGUUUACAAAAUAAGUGUACAACAUGCAACACCAUAAUAUUUAUAAACAUUGAUACUGAUUAGCAGCGUUCAGGAUUGGCUUAUUACCGUAAAUGAUGAUAAAUCGUGUAGACGUUGAUUUAAAUAAGACUCAAGUGUGAAUAAUGGUUCAAUUAAAUACUAAUGCAACUGCAAUGUU